CUCCAGCCAUAGGAAUUACGAUACCUUAGGGCAGAUAUCAAGGGACAUGAUGGAAAGGGGCCAUGACCGGGACACACAGCAGUGCAGGGUUAACGUAAAGGAGCUGUGGAAUGCCUACCGCAAAGCACAUGAGGCAAACAGCAGCUGCGGUGCUGCCCCCGCAACCUGCCGUUUCUACAAAGAGCUGGACACAGUACUUGGGGGCGAUCCCACCUCCACUCCGAAGACAACCAUGGAAACUUCAGAGCCCUGUUCAACAAGGCAGGAGGAGGAGGAAAGCGGGAGCGAGGGUGCUGAGGAGGAGGGGGACUGCUCGGCAUCCCUAAAUGCAUGCAACCAGGAGCUGUUUUCAAGCCAGGAGGAAGGUAGCCAGUCGCAGCAGACGGUGCCUGGGGAAGAACAAACACCAGAGGAGAGGUGCCUGAUGCAACCUUAAGAUCCCGGCCGAAAGACUCCAAAGAAUCAGGAAGCGUCCAUGAAGAAGCAAAGAGGACAUGCUACAUGAAGUCAUGCAGCAGACCCUUAAUGAAAAUCAAAAAGUGCAGGAGUGGCGGGAGAGUGAAAGGAGGGUCCACCAACAGAAUGUGGAUCGCUGGCACCAAAGCAUGGAGCGGCUGCUAAGCAUCAUGGAGUGCCAAGCGGACUCGAUACAGGCACUUGUAGCAAUGCAGGCAGAGCACUGCUGCGCCCUCCCCCACUGCAGCUCUUGUCCCAAAACUCUUUCCCUUGUGCCCCCAUGUCACCGCCAACCCACUUUCCCCAACAUCCAGGUUCUUAUCGCCACCAGCUGUCUCCAACACCUGUAGCUUCA